GAAGAAACACGCAGGAUGGCCACUUCAUCCAAGGUCUCCUUCUCCGUUUGUCCCCCCUCGCGUGGAAGUUGCUCUUUUUAGCCUCGCGCUGCAUUUUGCCGUUCCCAGGAAGCGCCAAACCUCAAGAUGAGGGAGACGGGGAAGAAAUGCUUCGGGUGGGGGGGUUUCCUUCCCCCUCCCUCGUUUUACGGUCUUGGAAGCGGCGCUUGCGUCAAUGCCGGCAAAAGGGUGGGACGUGGGGAGGGGGGCGUUUGAUUGUACUUCUGGUGCUCGUGUUCCCGUUCUCAGCUCCUAGCGGCGUUUUCCGUGGGCUUCUCCUUAGGCUGGCAUCUUUUCUGCCCCCGCAGCAGAGGCAGCCGGAGCUCUUUUUCCGAUCCGCGCCCCUCCUGCGGGCUCUGAAAGGCAGGAAGGAUUCGGCAUUUGGCAUAGAUAGAGCAGUGAGGAGAGCCCUCUCGCCGUCUGCCCUCCUCGCCUCUUCCUCGGCUACCGCCGGAGUUCCGCGCUGCAGUUGCCCUGCCCCAGGCAGUUCGGGAGCUGGCAAUUCCCAGGCUGGAUAUUCCAUGGGCAACAGUACAAGCAGGCUGUAUAGCGCACUGGCUAAGACUUUGAAUAGCAGUGUCAUUACUAAGCACCAGGACUACUUGGAACAAACAGAUCCUGAAUUUCUGGAUCCUAUAGAUCCCAAAGAUCUACUUGAAGAAUGCCAGAUUGUUCUCCAGAACCGUCCAGCCCGACUCCAAAGGGAUUUUGUGGAUUUGAGGACCAGUUUUGUCAGAAAUCAUCAGCCCAUUAGAAUUAUGCAGUGGAAUAUACUUGCACAAGCUCUUGGAGAAGGCAAGGACAACUUUAUCCAAUGCCCCAUGGAAGCCUUGAGAUGGGAAGAAAGGAAGUGCCUCAUUCUAGAAGAGAUUCUUGCUUACCAGCCAGAUAUCCUCUGUCUACAAGAAGUGGAUCACUAUUUUGAUACUUUUCAGCCAUUGCUCAGUCGGCUGGGCUACCAAUGUGCUUUUCUUCCUAAACCAUGUUCUCCGUGUUUAGAUGUGGAAUGUAACAAUGGCCCAGAUGGCUGUGCCUUGUUUUUUCUUAAGGACAGGUUUACGCUAAUUAAUAGUACCAACAUCAGGUUGACAGCAAUGAAGUUGAAGACCAAUCAAGUGGCUAUAGUUCAGAUCCUGAAAUGUAACGAGACUGGGAAAUUGUUCUGUGUUGCUGUUACCCACUUGAAAGCUCGCAAUGGCUGGGAAACGUUUCGAUCUGCUCAAGGUGCUGAUCUUCUUGAAAAUCUAAAACAGAUCACCCAGGAUGCAGAGAUCCCUCUUAUAGUCUGUGGUGAUUUCAAUGCUGAGCCUACAGAAGAGGUGUAUAAGCAAUUCUCUGAAUCUAGUCUGAACCUAAACAGUGCUUAUAAACUGCUGAGUACAAAUGGGCUAACAGAGCCUCCAUAUACCACAUGGAAGAUCCGUCCUUCUGGAGAAUGCAGGCAUACCCUUGAUUACAUCUGGUAUUCACAACAGACCUUAAAAGUAGAUGCUGCCCUCACCCUUUUAACUGAGGAGCAAAUUGGACCCAAUAGGCUACCAUCUUUCAAUUACCCUUCAGAUCAUCUAUCUUUAGUAUGUGAUUUUACCUUUAAUGAAAAUCCAGAGAAAUUUUUAGGCUUAAGUGAAAUAUAAAGAGGGGUAGAGAAUGUUUUAAUGUACUGUGUUUGUGCAGGCACAGACUUUUACCACGGACUUCUAAAGACUUCCGGGGGUGGGAUGGGAGAAAUAUUUAUGAAUGGAGAAUUAAUAAUCUACUCCUAUAGCCUUGACUUUUUUUCUUAUUAUCUCCGUGCUAUGGCAAAAAACACAAAAAUAUGCCUGUCUAACUGCUUAUGCUGUUUUUCUUUUCUGAAGAAAAGUACUGCUGUUAGUCAGCUCUAAUUGUAACAAGGUUUUUUUCUUCCCAUAUCUUAAGAUCUUGUGUUGUAAAGUUGCACUGCAUGUAACAGCGUUGUCCUAUCUGUCAUGAGUCGGUCAGACCAAUGCCCAGGGUUCGUCCCUCCCAUAUUGGACCGUAUGACCAAAUUUUGUUCAGCCUAAAGUUUAAUAUGAGCCUCAGUUAUUUUUUUUCUGAGGUUGUCUUGAAUUGUGCCUUCUACUUGAAUAAAUUUAGUGUUAAUCUCGAA